AUGGCGGGGAAGGCGGAGGCGGGACCAGCGGAGGCGGAACAAGCGGAUCGGAAAGUGCGGGAGGACCAAGUGGGCGGGAAGAAGACUCUGGAAGGGGUGGGGGGAGGGGAGAGGAUAAUGGCGGCGAUGGGGGCAACAGCAGGUCCGGGGGAACAGGGGGCGGAAGCGGCUCCGGCGGGCGUGGUUCAAGCGGAUGGGGAGGGCGGAGGCGAAGACGGAGGGGGGCAAAUUCGGUGCACCAUCGGCGCGCUUCUCCCGCUCGUCGACCAUUUCCAGGCACGCGUCAGCCGCGCGUGGCAGAUCCGCGGCCCCCCCGUUGCCUCCGCGCUUCUGCAGUCCGCCGCGCGCCUUCCGCCUUUGCUCCGCACAUCCGCGACAUCUGGCGCACUGCUGGCGGGCGGGGACGUGUGCGCGCAGUGCAUCGAGCUCUCCUCAGCUGGAGAUGCAGCGCGGAUCCGCGACGCGCGUGGAGAAGCAGCGCAGCCAAGCAACACGGAGCAGGCAAGCGACACGCGCGGCGACGAAGCGAGUAGCCUCAGCUACAGCAGCAGCGCCAUAUCAAGAGACGGCUCUGGCAACGCGGCAGCAGGACCGGCACCAGCGUUCAACGCAGCGAGAUCCCUGCGAAUGAUGGUGUACGGCGCGUGCAUAUACGGGCCUGCGCUGCACGUGUGGUACCCCCUGGUGGAGAGGGCAGCGCCAGGGAAAAGCCUGGGUGCGACUGCGGGGAAGGUGCUGGCAUCUCAGGCUCUGCUGAACCCGUGCCUGAUUGCUGCUGUGUUUGCGUUUAACUAUGCGUGGACAGGCCAGCUGCAUGCACUCAAAGACAAGUACCGGCGGGACUUCCUGCGGACGUGGCGGCGCGGGUGGCACUUCUGGCUGCCGGCCAGCUUUGCAUCGUUCCGCCUGGUGCCGCUGCACCUGCGCCCCGCCUACUCCUCCGCCUGCUCGCUGCUGUGGAACUGCCACCUCUCCAUGGUCACCAUGCACCAGGUGCGUGCAGGGGAAAGGAAGGUAUCUGGGGGGGAUGUGCGAUAUGAAAGUGCUCUUGUUCCUUUGUACCAUGGUUUGGACCUGCUCGCUGCUGAGGUCACCAUGCAACAGCUGCGUGCAGGGGAAAGGUGCGCCUCUCCCUCUCGUAUUCAGAGUCGAGUUAAACUUAACCAUGCACCACCAGGUGCGCCUCUCCCUGUUGGAUUCUUAAUCAACUUGAACUUACCAAGCACCAGAUCGGUUGCAGGUCGGCGAGGUGGUCUCGACAAUUCCAAACCGUACUGGCGGUGUUACUACCCCAACACACAGGCCGUCAUAUACGUGGUUGACUCGACAGACGUGGACAGAAUCGGCACGUCCAAGGAGGAAUUCCAUGCCAUUCUCGAUGAGGAGGAGUUGAAAGAAGCAGUGGUGCUGGUGUAUGCCAACAAACAGGAUCUGCCCGGAGCCAUGAGUGAGGUGCAGGUGUCAGACGCGUUGGGGUUGCAUAAGAUCAAGAGCCGCCCGUGGGCCAUCUACAAGACUUCAGCUGUUAAAGGCGAUGGGCUGUUCGAAGGGCUGGACUGGCUGACGAUCAACGGCCAGCAACCACCUCCGAGGUCCCAUCUGGUCGGCAGAGUCGGCGAGUUCGAAGGCGAGCUCAACUAUUACCUGCCACUGCGACUUAGGACCCGCCCCGAGCGAGUGAGCCUCGUGACGCGGCCGCUGGGCUUCCCUCCCUCCACGGUUCGCCCCAACGGCUUCUCUCUCUCUCCCCCUUUCUCUCUCCAUCCAUCCUUCGCCAGGGCCCACCCGGAGCGAGUCAACCUUGUGACGCGGCCGCUGGGCUUUCCUCUCUCCACGGCUCGCCUGGCCAACGUCUUCCUCCACUUCUUCCACCACCUCCCCUCGGACAACUCGCACACCAGUUCCAGCAGCAGCAAUCAAAUAGCAGGAAGCGUGUCAAGCGCGUUCGUUGACAGUGCUUCAGAAGAGAGUGGGAGUGCUCAGAGGAGAGUGGCUCAGGCGACGGACAGCGCCGGGCGUGGCGACGGGUCUCGGUCGCAGGCGAGAUUCGACGAGGCGUGCUCGCACGAGCAGGACGUGGGGAUUCACGGCGCGCAUGCGCUGCAGAUGAUGCGGCUGGAGGAUGUGUAUUUGACUGAUAAUGGGUUUGCUCUCAAUCGCACGCACCUGUUCGUCAGGAGCGGGUGCCCGCACUUCCCAGGAUCGGUCACGUACGACAAGGGCCACAUGGUCACAUACGAUGCGGGCCACAUGGUGCACGAGCUGCCAGCAGCGGUGUUCAACUGGGCGCACCAACCCAGCAACAACUUCUACCACUUCCUCAUUGAAAUCUUCCCGCUCUUCCUCGUCGCUGCGCCCCUCAUGCCCUCCCCGCUGCGACAGCUGCCUGUGCUUGUCAGGGGCGGCCAGGUGCAAAUGUACGAGCAACUGGGUGCGCCACUCAUAGGCAUUCCACUGGAUCAGAUGCGCCUGCUCCCCACAUCUGGGAACGACCUAUUUCAUGCGAACGUGGUGUACCAGCCCAUCUUUCAGAACUGCCACCAUCCCAGCCAGUCGCUCUGGCGGUUGAUGCGGCGCCGCCAUCUGCUGCACCCCUCCGGCAUCCCUCUCUUCAACCCCGACUGGACUCUCCGCAACCACCGCUCUCUCUCCCCCGAUGAGGCUCGCUCCCUCCCCUCCGACUGGGUGGUCGUGCUGGCGAAGCGGCCGAAAGGGAAGAAACGGGCGAUUCUGAAUGUUGAGGAGGUGGAGGCGGAGGUGGUGAGGUGGUUUGGGCGCGAGAGAGUGGUGGUGUAUGAUGGGUCGCUGCCAAUUCUACAAGAUUUGAACUCACAUUGCCUCUCAGCAUGUUGGCUUCACAGGUUACUUCUUGAAAAUUCUAAAGAAGAAACCCUGCAACAUGUUGGCUCCUAUAAAAAAACCCACCUCUCCUCUCCAAUUCCAUUGUCCCAUAUCCCUCCCACACUCCCCCUCCCCUCCCCUUAG